AUGAUCAAAGAGCGCGUGAGACGGAUGAAGGAGGCGCAGACUCAAAACCUCAUUUUGCGGGAGCAGGCUCAACAAAAGCGAGAAAACGCAAGGCAAAGGACCGAGCAGCAACGCAGAGACGACGCUCGAAAAGCCAAGGCGAUGCAAGCCAAAGCAGCUGAGGAAAGACGAAUGAGAGACAACAAAGAGAGGUACUACAACCACGAGCGGUCAGUGGCAAUCCGUCGUCAGCAAGAGGAGGUCCGGAAAAAACGAGAAGAAGAGCAAUUGAGGCGGAUGCAGAAGACUCAGGAAAACUAUGAGGCCAGGGUUGCCCAAGAAGAGAUGAUCAGAGCGAGGACGGAGGCUCUUGUUGCAAAGUUAGAGAAAGAAGAAAUGGAACUGAUACAGCGAUUGCAGAACACGCAAGUGAUUCAGCGCAGCGCCUAUCGGCAGCUCGAUGAGGCUCUGCGCACGCCCGCGACACACCCAACCCCUGCAAAGCCGAAGCGCGUAAUAUCAUGCGAAUGCAUCGUCACUGCCUCCUCCCUCCGGGAGGUGGAAAUAACUAAAGUUCGCGCCGACACCGGCGGCCCCACAGAACAGGAUAAUUCUGCAGACUCAUCGUGGACCAGUUUCGUUUUCGCUCUCGGGGUGCGACUGGACCUCGUAAUAUGA